GAGAGGAGAGGAGAGGAAAGGAGAGGAAAGGAGCUGAGCUCUGAGCAGCUCACAGCUCCCCUGGUCCGGCCCUGAGUCACAUGUGCUCUGUGCUGCCGCUGCAGCUGACCGGAUACCUGCCUGGGCUGACAGCGACGUAUUGUGUGGAUGCAGAGUGGGGUUCGCAGCUCUGUGGAAACACACCCUUAGCGUUUAAAAUGGCCUCAAUCCUGCAGAAGCUGAUCACCCCACUCUUCAGUGGUCCUCCUGAUCCCCCCAGGAAUAAAGUGACAGUGGUGGGCGUGGGCCAGGUCGGCAUGGCCUGUGCUAUCAGCAUCCUUCUCAGGGACCUGGCUGAUGAGCUGGCCCUGGUGGACGUGAUGGAGGACAAGCUGAAAGGAGAGAUGAUGGACCUGCAGCACGGCAGCCUCUUCCUCAAAACCCCCAAAAUAGUUGCAGACAAAGAUUACUCGGUGACAGCAAACUCCCGCAUCGUGGUGGUGACAGCUGGAGUCCGUCAGCAGGAGGGGGAGAGCAGGCUGAACCUCGUUCAGAGAAACGUCAACAUCUUCAAGCACAUCGUCCCCCAGAUCGUCAAAUACAGCCCUGACUGCAUCAUCAUCGUGGUUUCCAACCCAGUGGAUGUGCUGACCUAUGUGACCUGGAAACUGAGCGGGCUUCCCAAGCACCGCGUCAUCGGCAGCGGCACCAACCUGGACUCGGCUCGCUUCCGCUUCCUGAUGGCCGACAAACUGGGAAUCCACCCCAGCAGCUUCAAUGGAUGGAUCCUGGGAGAACAUGGAGACACCAGUGUGCCUGUGUGGAGCGGAACAAAUGUAGCUGGAGUCAACCUGCAGACAUUAAACCCAGACAUCGGCACCGACUCUGACAAUGAGAACUGGAAGGAGACACACAAGAUGGUGGUGGACAGUGCUUACGAGGUGAUCAAACUGAAGGGUUACACCAACUGGGCCAUCGGUCUGAGUGUAGCUGACCUGACAGAGAGCAUCAUGAGGAACAUGAACAGGAUUCACCCUGUUUCCACCAUGGUGAAGGGCAUGUAUGGAAUCGUUGAUCAGGUGUAUCUGAGUCUGCCCUGCGUGCUGAACAGUGGGGGCGUGUCCAGCGUGGUCAACAUGACCCUGACAGAUGACGAGGUGGCCCAGCUGCAGGCCAGCGCCAGCACGCUGUGGGACAUCCAGAAGGACCUGCAGGACGUCUAAUUGACCAGCAGGGAGCGACAUAACUGCACCUCCCUGACUGAUCAUCGCCCACUAACACUCUGCAGUCACUAAAACCAGACAGCUCCACCUUCCACACCUUCAGCCCCACUGCGUUCCGUAGAGUCACAGGCAUACGUGCGGAGAUGUAAUCCAGUCAGAUUUAGCUGUAGAUGUCAGAGCUUGUUCACUUCUGCUCGCUGGAAACCAAAUGCGACGUCAACUGAGUGAAAUGCUGCUCUGGCUCAUUUGUCCUCAACUGUGCUGCAGUGUGGGACCAUGUGUCACUCAUGUUGCUUUGGUGUGUAAUAAAGCAAAUUUGUUGAUGCUUGAAACAAAAGUGCAUGUGUUUAGUUAUUUAGUAGAGAAGUCAAAAUAGAAGUUGUAUGUAUGCUCCCUAAGCAGUUUAUUAGGAACACCAUACUAACACUGGGUAAAGCCUCCCUUUGCUCAGUCUCAGUUCUUUGUGCAUGGAUUCAACAAGAUGCUGGAAACUCUCCUUUGAGAUUCUGGUCUGUGUUGACAUUGGUUGCAUCACAUAAUAUCUGCAGAUUUGUCAUCUGCACAGUCAUGCUCCUUUUUUCCCGUUCUGCCACAUCCAGAUGUGUUCAGAUCUGGUGACUGCUGAGGCCAUUGACGUACACUGACCUCAUCAUCUGCAUAUCUCAAUAGAAAUCCAGAUUCAUCAGACCAGGCUAUGUUUUUCCAGUCUCCUACUGUCCAGUUUUGGAGAGUCUGUAACUGUGUCUACUGCAGCCUCAGAUUUCUGUUCUUGUCUGACAGGAGUGAAACCUGAUAUGGUCUUCUGCUCACCUCAAGGGUAAGAUACUAUCUGAUUUAUCGUAUCCUUUCAGUCAGCUCCAACCAGUCCAGCCAGUCUCCUCUGAUCUCUUUCAUCAACGAGGCAUUUCUGUCUGUAGAACCUCUGCUCUUUGGGUGUUUAUUGUUUUUCACACCAUUCAGAGUAAACUCUAAAGACCGUUGAGAGUGAAAAUCCCAGGAGAUCAACAGUUUCAAAGCACAAGCACAGUCAAAGUCACUGAGAUCACUGAGUUUUUUCCUCAUUCUGAUGUUUGAUGUGAGAAUUAACUGAAUCUCCUGACCUGUAUCUACAUGAUUUUAUGCAUUGCAUUGCUGCCACGUGAUUGGCUGAUUGGAUAAUUGAAUGAAUAAGCAGGUGUUUCUGAUAAAAUGCUCAGUGAGUUUACCGUAUUUCUGCACUGUAUGAUGGCAUUUUUUGCACAAACAGAAGAAUAAUGGACACGGUGCAAAUUAUCAGUCCAUUGGUUUCCCCUCCUAUAAGUUAAACGUCCAGUCAGUAAUGAUCAUAUGGUGAACAUCUUCCAAAACGAAAUAGUUGCUUUUACAAAAAAAAGGAUCAUUACUGAGUCGAACAUGUACAAAUGUAGUGUAUAAAAAACUGGAUUAAACCCUUGUCUCAGCUGCUGA